GGCUAAGAAAUAUGUUAGGAGUUAGGACAGGACAACUUAGGAUGCUGAGGAUCCCUACUUUGAGCCAAAGCGAAAGGUAACUGUUAUAGCAGAGACGAUAACAUCAGCGGAAAGGAAAAGAUUCCAAACGUGUAAUAGAUUAAUUUUGGAUUCACCUCUUUCUAUGUACUAUUAAGAAGUUCUUGGAAUUGAUCCAAAGUAGAAACACAACCUUUCAUUGUCAAGCCAUCCUCAUAGUAAUUUUCCCCAUCUUAGCUUUGAUUUCCACAUAGCAUAUCAUAGAAAUGGAAUACCUGAAACAUUUCAGCCACGAGCAUCUGCUGAUUCUGGUGAAAGGGGAAAGAGAUGAGAUUGUUCGAAAAUCAGUUUGCUAUGGCUGCCAAACGCCAAUCCUUGCAGAGCCCACAUAUUCUUGUGGAAAGUGUAGCUUCUUCCUUCACAAAAGAUGUGCUGAACUUCCAAAGGACAUUUCUCAUGCCAUGCACCCUCAGCACCGCCUCAUCCUUAUUGACAAGCCGCCUUACAGUGGAGGCAGCUGCUUCUGUAAUGGCCGCCAACAAAUGUGGAGAAACUUCACCUAUCACUAUAACCCUUGUGCAUUUGACCUCGACAUCAUAUGUGUUACCAUUGAAGACCGUAAAUUGAAGCAUCCAAGCCAUGUACACGCUUUGACCUUCAAAAACCAGCGGGCCACGUUUCGGUGCCAUGCCUGUGGGAAUAUAGAGAAAGAUAUGUCGUAUUCAUGUACUAGUUAUCCAUAUUGGAUCACAACGUAUCUUCUGUCCCACACCCUGUGCCAUUUUCUGUCCCAUUUUUUAGUAUAUUGAUAUUUCUCCUGUAUAAACAUCAC